GUCAAGAUGGGGUAGGGUGGAAAUAUCAUGCUCUUGCUUUCUGCCUUUCUAGCGGUUCUAGCCCUAGUUCUGGCUGAAUUCUCAUGGAAAUGUCUUAUAUACUAUUCAGUAUUCUUUGCCGUUAGUUUGUGGCUGGUUCAUUUAUUCCUUGUCAACAAAUGUGAGCUCGAUUUCGAAGUCGUGUUCAAGUUUUUCGAGUGGAUUGGAUAUGGUKCCCCWCGUUUUCUUGAYGGAAGGACCCUUUCUACAUCUGAAAGCAACACUCAAGAACAAUAUAAAAACAAAUURCCAAAGCCUAUAUCKGAUAGCGUUGAGAAAUUGGUCAAUAAUGUYCUUCGGGAUUUUGUAAAGUCGUGGUACGAGGAWGUUGCUGAUGGCGAAGUGUUCGUGUUGGAAAGUCRUACAGURCUCAACAGGCUUGCGUCGGAGGUAUAUCAUAGAAUGAACCAUCUUGAUUCGCAUUAUUUAGUGGAACAAGUUAUCCUAGUUUUUCAUUCACAUUUGGUUCGGUAUAACAAGUCCAUAUCAGYAUUAAAAGAAAAAGAUCCUAACCUCAGACUUCGACUGACAUACGGCGAUCUUCUUCAUAGCACGUACGAAUCKCAAAUUCAACCGAAGCAUAUUGCGCUAACAAGCRCAGUGGAAGAAUUGAAUUAUUUGAGAACUGUGGURGAUACUUUAUUGGCGGCUUUAACGCCUCGGGAYGUUUUUAGUUGUGAUCUAGGAAGAUUUAUUUUAAGAGAGAUUUUAGCUGUACAAGCGGUUGAACUGAUUGAUUUGUUGUGUGACCCAAACUGGGUAAACGAAGCGAUCGUUGAUCUUCUAACCCCUCCAGAAUCCAAGAACAAACAGCUUACACUUCGAAACCUCACUGAAAGUAAUUUAAAAUCAAUUAAUGGACAUUUAGAGACUUCUGGAGUGGAWGACAAUAAUUCAAAUCAAGCUUGUGAAGAAGAAAAUACCAGCAUCAAAGCRRUAAACGAAACGACAACUUCAAAAGAAGAGAUAACAUCGGAAGUGAAACAGGUGUGCGAGASCGAAGGACGGACAAGCGAAAAUUCUGAUAAACUUGAUAAUACAAUUAUUGAUUCGUCAAAAGAUGGCAGCAAUAAUUCACUGCAGAAGAAAGAAAAUUUAAUUCAAUUUGAUAGUACAAAUAAUGCGAAUGUAAACAAGCCKUUUUCAAACUCUUCUACGGAAAUCCYCUCUCAACUCGAGCGGCAAGCAAGUGACCAAGAAAUGAAAUCCAGCCUCGCAUCUUCGUGGGGAUUUUGUCCUUCGGCUCAAGACACUACUUUCCAUACUGAAAGUUUUGAAGCUAUGAAGGCAAAAGCUUUAAAAAGGGAGAGGCAGUUCAAUUCCUCCAAUAAAGUCAAAGAAUUCGGUUCAGAAGUUAAAAAACUUGGAUCUUGUUGUACUAGUUUUGAGGUYAGUGARGAAUUAUACCCAAAGACCAAAGGAGCCUUUGAGAGAGUAAGAUGUAGAAGUUUGUCAAUGCCUGGCGAGCUGCAGAAUGUACAAGACCACGUUGACUAUGGUAGCAUUGCUGAUGUUCCAACAAAGAAAACUGUUACUCGUUCAAUUAGCUUCCCAACAAACAUGUCAUCAGCUCUUGUUUGUGAARAGCARCCAUGUGRACCUAUAGCUAGACCAGUACGUUCUUCUACAUUCAAUGAUCCAUCUAAUAUGUAUGGUUCGCCAUAUCAAAAUCUUAGUUUCUGCAGCAGUGAGGCAUCRUUCAAGUCAUUCAGUGAUGGUGACCUUGACCUUGAAGAGGGYGAGGAAAUGGACGAGGGSGGUGAAAGUGAUACRGGUGAAAUACUGGAAAAUAUAGCACCAUUACCAAUCAUGAAACCUCCAAGAAGGAAGUCAAUCGCAAGACAAGCUGAAGUUGUAGAAGAUGGGUGGUUCGGAUCACCAGAAAARCCCAAUUCCCUUCAUGAAUAUACAAUGCAAGCCAUCAAUGGAAAAAUCUCUGAGAAUGGUUUCSAUCGAAAUAAAAGUGGAUCACAAAGCUCAAAAGACAGCGAUUCUAUAGAUCUGAAGUCACCGUCAGAAACAUCGCCAACCUCUCCAACCAAACUCGACACAGAUCAGUCAUUUGGUGACUCUGUCAUAAUGGCUGGGCGAAAGUUCAUUUCAUCAAUUCGCUCUCCCGUUAGAAAGUUUGGUUUUAGCAGCAGCAGUUCYAAAUCUAGUACAAGYAUGUCAUCAGGAGCGGACUCCAUGGAAGUUAAUGUCCCAUCAAGUAUAGAYGCUGCUUCRUUUGAUUCUGAUUUGCCCCUUCAUAGACCAGUGAAGUUUGAUUCUCCAAACUCAGGUCGUAAACUUUCUCGCAGUCAUGCCGUAUUUGAUAUCUCCUCUGAGAGUGAUACAGAGACCUGGUAUGGGACCCCUACAGGGGGAAUUAAAGAAGAAAUAGUCUAUGGCGGUGUAUCCAAUAUUAAUAUACAAAAUGGUAAURAUCAAGACAUUGUUAGAAUACAUCCAAGUCAGAUGAUUUCUAUACCAAGCUCUGAGACUGCGUUUGAAUCUGAUUGGGAGCCUGGRCGCAAUAAAUUCACUUUGUACAGGAUUGAGUAUGAUAUACGUAUAUGGCCUAGUGUGUAUGCGUCAUUGCUAGAACUGGACAAACAAAAUCAACAAGAGGGCAAUGACGACAAUUCUAAAGAACAACAGAAAAGGUCUUUUCAUCAUAGACGGGCAAUCAAAAGAAGAUAUCGUGAAUUCAUGGAGCUUCAUAGUAGAUUGAGUAGUGGACCACUUGCACUGUUUAUGAAAGAUAUCCUGAAACCAAAYAGAAAGUACAAUUUGCCAUUUGGCCGCCUGGAUAAAGAUGUGGUUGAAGGAAGGCGUAGUUUGCUACAGUACUAUCUUGUGAGCUUGGUAUCCAAACCAGAGCUUCGUGAUAGCCAUGAAUUACAGCAGUUCUUAGGAGUGAUUGGUGGAGGUUCAUUCAUUAAACCAAGUGUAGCACAAAUYAUGAGUCAGUCUGUACAUGUACCAAGAGUCGAUAAGAUGCUGAGCCGACAAAUGACAAAAGUGAUUGACAGCAUCAAAACAGCAUUUGAUUCAGAUGAACAAGAGGGAUUGGACUCUGGAAAAGUAUCUCCAGUGUUAGAUAUUGGUUGUCCAUGGUCAGUGGAAUGUCACGGCGAUGGUGGCGAAUCAGAUACACUUGAUGAAAAUCAAGUUUACCAUGGGGACUACUUUUCUGCUUUCCUAGAAAACCUUGAGCUUUCAAAGCCAUCUUGUUACUAUGACAACAGUGACACUGAAAGCAGCUUUAGCGACAGUAGUAGCGACAGUGAUGCAAUACCUCACAUUAUUGACCCAGCAAUGGCCAAUGACAGAACAGAUAUUCCUAACCAACCAUCAACAAUGUCUUCUUUCUCUGAAGAUGACAUGCUCAAUGGUGUGCUAGGUUCCAAGCCACCAGGACUGUGCAUCAAUCCCUCGUACAGUUACAGUGCAACCAAUGUCAGCUCAAUCGAUGGAGAUGCAGUGGACUUUGGUAAUCUCUUUACUAAAAAAGAUACGAAGGCUUCAUCGUCAACUGAYAGGUCACUUGGUUCUGAUGAAUCUGCUGAAAAUAUCCCAAAGUCAUCUAGUCACAGGGGAUUUUCCAAGAAACAUGUUGAAAAGAUYAAGACAGCAGCAAAGAAAGCAAAGGAGAAGAAGGCUGAAUCACUAGAUAGUCUUAAUAAUGCUAAAGAGAAGGUUAAGAAGAAGAUACCAAGUGCAGAAUCUUUAGAAAACCUCACCCAUGCCAAGGAAAAGGUCAAGGCUUUUAAAAAGAACGUGGAAUCAAUGGAAAAUUUGAAUCARGCCAAAGAAAAAGUGAAGUCUUUUAAGAGGAAGAUCCCAGAUGUAGAAUCAAUGGAGAACUUGAGCCAAGCUAAGGARAAAGUAAAGGCAUUCAARAGAAAAAUUCCUGAUGCAGAAUCACUGGAAAAUAUAACACAUGCAAAGGAAAAAGUUAAAGCUUUCAAGAAAAAUGUUGGAUCCAUGGAUAACUUAAGUCAUGCCAAAGAAAAGGUAAAGGCGUUUAAGAAGAAAAUCCCUGAUGCAGAGUCAAUGGAAAACCUCACWCAUGCCAAAGAAAAAGURAAAGCCUUCAAAAAGAARAUYCCRCAUCCAGAUUCAAGYGAGAGCAUCGCYCAUGCUAAAGAUAAAGUCAAAGAAUUGAAGAAAAAAAUCCCAAACCCUCAAAAGUUGAUCAAAAAGGACCACGAAACUGUAGAUUUGAGUCAGAAUGAGACUAGCGAUUCUUCUCAUGCGCCUUCACAGAUCAAGAACAAGCCAGAGAAACCUUCAUUGUUGUCCAUAUGUGAUGAGCCUAGUGAACCAGUUUGUGACGUAGCUGAGGAUAUUUUCCCUGACGACCCGCAAUCUCCUCUUGCCCAUGCCAUCAUGAAUCUAACAUGUGAGGUUCUUAAAGGACAAGAUUCCUGGGCUGGAUUGGACCGAGUGCAAGARGGCUUCAAGGGAACMUUUGGAGCUUUGUUUGAAUGACAUCUUUCAAUUACUUGUUGGGUCUAAGGUCUACCAUGAAUGUGCAGCUAAUGCAGUAGAGUCUCUACAAAACCCAGCAAUCAACAGGAUUUUAAUAUAUAUUCUUUUGGAGCUGUUUCUAUCAGAACUUGUUCCUGAAUUACAACGAAGCAUAUACACAGACGUUAAUGAGGACUCAGAUUAGAAAACCAUCAACAAAAGUGAACACAUUCUUAAAAUAUUUAAAGAAUAUUAUUAUAGUGACCGUCACAAUAAGAUGCGCUGGUUGGUUCAACAUGGCUGGUGAGCUGCACCUGGUUCAUACGUCGAGCUAGUGUCCUGUCGAACCAAGUAGUUUGAAUUUAUCAUGUGAACAGCUCAAAGUAUGAAUCAAAUAAGAUUGGUACGGGCUUAAAAAAAAAGAGUUUGGUGCGACUGUAACACAGAAGUGAUAGUCUUGCUGCAUGGCAAAGGUUGAUGUUGAUUCAAACGUCUAGCUAUCGCUGUGCCAAACUUAAUGCACAAAUAUAUUUUUUCGGCAAUGUUGUUGGAUUUUUUCUUAUGUUUUGACUGCAUUUGGUCCAAUAUGUUAACAUAUGAAUCAACGUUGUACAAAWAUGUAUAAAUUUGGGUCUACACUAAUUGACUAUUUGGUUUGGCGUGACCAUAGCUCAACCUAUGAACUGGGCAUUGGCAACAUCACCACUUUUGAUCUUUCUAGCGAUCUUAGGGARCUUUUCGUAAACUUGGUCUUGGUUUGUAGUGAACUUCUCCUCCAAACUGAAGAAAAAUCGAAAUCCCAACCAUUUCUUUGAAAUUUAAAGUCAGGAUGCAACGAUUUUUUUUGUAGUAACCACUUAUAUAACAAAAUAAUAUAAUGUUAUCCAUGAAUUAGACAUAUUUAGGCUGCAUCAAUCCUGUUUGCAAUCCAGAUCUUUUUAGUUUUUAAACGGAGUUACUUUUAUAAUUAUCAGUAGGAAUGCAAAUUAUGGCGAACAAAGCUGUUAAUUUUGCAAUACAAUUUGUCAUAUAUAAUGAAGACAAGCAAAUCGGGACAUAGAAAUAACUGGGAAAUGGGAUGGGAAAAUUAUUGGGAAUAAUAUAUACUAUUAGGUUAACAAUUGUGAUUCCAGCAUACUAUAGAUAAAAUAUGAAGAUGAUGGAUAUAAUUAUUUAUUAUUGAUGGCCAAAUAUAUUAGAYGUGAUGAAUAAAGCCAUUGAUAUCUUUUGG